AUGGCUACCGUUCAGUUCGGCAUUCUGGCCUAUGCGUAUCAGGUAAUUGACGCCAGCGGACCUAUGGACCUCCUCAACUCGGCCAACAAGACGGCAUUCCUAAUUAAUCGAGAGUACGGACCUGUUAGCGAUGAUCUCAUCUCACAGGCACCACAAUUCACAUUCCACCAUAUCGGCGUUACCAGAGAUCCUGUUAAGCUCGGCACCGGUCAGAUGACUAUCAUCCCUACAACCUCAGUUGAUGACUGCCCCGAGCUCGACAUCUUGCUUGUUCCAGGACCUUACCUCGGUAACUUCGACUUGCAUCCGAAGCACGCCGAAUUCAUACGUAAACAUGUCGCUGCCGGCAAGUUGCUCUUUACAAGCUGCACAGGUGCUAGUCUUGUCGCAUCCACGGGUGUUUUGAACGGGAAGACAGCUACUGUCAACAACAUCGAAUUUGAUUGGGUCCAAAACCGCUGGCCACAAGUCAAUUGGACACGAGAGAAUAAAUGGGUCAUUGAUGGGAAUAUCUGGACUGGAUCUGGUGCUGUUGCCGCUAUGGAUAUGGUGGCUUACUGGCUCAAAGAAAAUUAUGGCCUGCCUGUGCUCAUUCAGGCUGCCUCGACACUGGACUAUGAGCCUCGGGAUGCGGAUGGUCUGUUCAAUGUUUUGCCUCAAAGAUAUGAUUCUAAGGGAGAAAAGACUUCUACUCACGUAUUUAAGUAUUACGAUUCUUAG